ACCAAGACAACCAAACGAACCCUUCUUCACUCUCUUUCAAAAACAACCAAAACCCUAAGGCCUCCCCAAAAGCCUUUACAAAGAGAAAGAAAACCUAAAACAGCAAGAGCCGUCUGUGAAGAAGAAGAAGAAGGAAAAAGAUGGCGAAGUCAAUGAGAUCAAAGAGGGUGAAGAGGCUUCGUGCAAUUCGUAGAGAUAUGGUAGAGCCUUUUUAUGAUAACAAAGACGCUGCUAAGCUUGCUGCUCAAGAAGCCGCUCUCUCUGCCCCUAAGCUUCCAGCACGGGCCUCUUCUACCUCCACCACCACCGCAGCUAUGGACUUGGUCACCACUAAUAUUACAACAUCCUCUGCUAACGCUAUGGAUAUGGAGAUGGCUGAUGGAAAUCAAAGCAUGGGUUCCUUAAAGCCUGUUGGUGGAAUAGGAAAGAAAUCCAAAAGGAAAUUCAAGGUGGGCAAAAGCAAGCGUCGUGGUAAGGGCAUCAGGAGGAAGAGUCACAUUUGAUUUCAUAACAGAUAUUGGUAAUGAUAUUUUUCUUACUGUAAUAGUAACCCAUUGUGGUUAGAGGAGAAUUGUGGUACUUUUAAGAUAGGUGUUUUUUGUAUUCUGAUUCUAUUUUUCCUAGGAUUCAGUUUUGAAAGUUGUUACUGGACAUGAAUGUAACCUGUUCUUUUCUUUUAAUAGAAAUUAUUAACAUGCAUGGAUGAAUUUUGCCACACACAUGCAGGAAACUUUAGUUCUAUCA